AUGUCAGCGGGCGUAGCCCAAACUCAGAAGAGGAUCAAGUCGACUCUUCGGGUCAACGCUGCAGUAGUGGUGGCGUUGCGUGAGCGCGUGGCAGUUGUCACAGUGACCAUCAUUGCUGACAAGCCAGCCGCUAUUGCCUCAGCACCACGCCAACUGGAGGAAAGUGGCGGGGAAGAAGUGGAGAACGAAGAUGCCACCGUCCUGAGGACGUUCUCUGGUGAGCUGAAGAUAGACAUGCUUCGUGUGGGCUUGGUUGUGGAAGGGCAGUCCACCACGUGGUCACCCUCAUCCGCAUCCUCUGAGCCGCGACAUCGACACGAG